AGGGGUCUCUGUGUCGGAGACAUACCGGAAGCCGCUCCUUGCCCUCGUCUCUGUCGACUUCCGCUGCGGCUGCGCAGAGCUGGGGGCCGGCGGUGUCGCGGUGAAACUGACGAGGGCUUCUGCGUCCCUCCGGGGCGGCGGCGGGGAAAUGGACAUUCUCAAGGCGGAGAUCGAGCGGAAGCGGAAGCUGGUGGAGGAGAAGGAGCUGGUGGCGGGAAAUAAAAAAUACUUCAAACGCAGUGAACUAGCCAAGAAGGAAGAAGAGGCAUACUUUGAAAGAUGUGGCUACAAGGUGCAACAGAAAGAAGAGGCAGAGGAAAAGCAAACGAUGUCACCCAAUCCAGUGUUGGAGUUAGAGCUGGCAGAGGAAAAGUUGCCUAUGACUCUUUCUAGGCAAGAGGUCAUUAGGCGGUUGAGAGAAAGGGGUGAGCCUGUCAGGCUGUUUGGAGAAACAGAUUAUGAUGCCUUUCAGCGGUUACGAAAGAUUGAAAUUCUGGCACCAGAAGUGAACAAGGGCUUGAGAAAUGACCUGAAGGCUGCUUUGGAUAAGAUUGACCAGCAGUAUCUAAAUGAGCUUGUUGGUGGUCAGGAGCAAGGAGAAGAUGAUACUCAAAACGAUCUCAAGGUCCAUGAAGAGAACACCACCAUAGAAGAACUGGAGGCUUUGGGGAGAUCUUUGGGGCAAGGUGAUGAUCAUAAAGACAUGGAUAUCAUAACCAAAUUCUUGAAGUUCCUUCUUGGAGUCUGGGCAAAGGAACUAAAUGCCAGAGAAGAUUAUGUGAAAUGUGGGGUGCAGGGAAAGCUGAACAGUGCCACACAGAAGCAGACAGAAUCGUACCUGAGACCUCUGUUCAGGAAACUUCGGAAAAGGACUCUUCCUGCAGACAUCAAAGAAUCAAUAACUGACAUUAUCAAGUUCAUGCUACAAAGAGAGUAUGUGAAGGCCAACGAUGCUUACCUCCAGAUGGCGAUUGGCAAUGCUCCCUGGCCCAUUGGUGUCACUAUGGUGGGCAUCCAUGCCCGAACUGGCCGAGAAAAGAUUUUCUCAAAGCAUGUAGCCCAUGUGCUGAAUGAUGAAACUCAGAGGAAGUACAUCCAGGGUCUGAAGAGGCUGAUGACCAUUUGCCAGAAGCACUUCUCAACAGACCCAUCCAAAUGUGUGGAGUACAAUGCAUUGUGAUGGGUUAUUGUCCUUGACUGUGAGAGAAGACCACCCGAGCUGUGAGACACCUCCGAGAGGGCUGCCAGUAGGAGACAAGGAAACUGUUUUUCCUGGGCUCAGUUCAACAUGCAGCAUUCAGCUACACUUUGAUGGAUUUCCAGGCCACAGUGGGUAUGUGCUGCUGCUGGCUUGUAUCAAGAGGCACUCCAGUAUUUCUAGAGCUGUUUUCUUUUUCUGAACUUUCAACAGAUCAAAAAGAUUUGCUUUUCGGAGUUUGAGCCACUUGCCAUUUAAAAGGCCAAUGCUGCAAAUUUUGAGACUCUGUACUAACUAUUACUGUGUUGGACGCAGCUUAAAUUUGUUUCCUUAAUUAUAGGGGUAAAGUACAGAUCUUACUUUUAUGUUUUCCACAUUGGGUUGGAUCCCACAGAUCCAUUCUGUUAGCAGAAGUGUUUUCCUCUAGCAGAAGAAGCCUUUUCUUGAUGCAAGACUCCGGGGAUGGGUCUGUAGGAUGCAACCCACUGUGGGGGAACACGUCAGUUCUCUGAUGAGCCUUUUUGUAUUUUGAACCUUUUACAGCAGUAAGAAGGGAAACUAAAGUACAAUUUCAAGCACACCUUUUCUCAGCCCAGUCAAGUUUCCCACUGUGAGUUGUGAGACUUAUGACACUGCAGUUCCAGAAAUGGGAUAUCUUCCUGUCCCUGUAUUUUUAUGAUGGACCAACAUGGCAAUUUGCAUUUGAUGUUUUGGAAUGUAUCAACCUAUUAAAAAGCUGUCCUAUCCUGA